AUGGAUAAGAACCUGUUUUAUACACUGCAUGGUUUCCGAGGAGCCAGCGAUGGAAGUCCAGUAAAUUUGUACCUCGGUAGCUCAAGUCCAACGAGGGAUACAAAUCUGGACUCGUAUGGGUACCAGAAGAAAGACUAUCCAGACAGCCAAGACAACAUCAGUUUCAACGAGCAGAAUAAAGAUGAUGAAGUGAAUGUCUUGAGCCGGGAGAACAGUCCAAACGGAAGGGUUAACUACAAUUCAGACAGUUCAGACGUACGAGAAAAGCGAUUGGGUACCUGCAGCCCCGUUGAAAGCAAUCGUUCCUAUUCUAGUCAAAACAAAGACGAUCUUGCUGGUUACCACAGUCCUCAUAACGACAGCGUAGGUUCGCGAAGUCCGGAGAAUCUCUCGCACGUAGGAGCAAGCAAUUCUUCCAUAACUCAAAUCAACGGAUCAUACGCUGCGAGUAACACCAACGGGACUACGUUGACCAACAAUAACAACUUGAUUAACAAUAACCACCUGAAAGGUAAAUCCCACACGAUAUCGGAUAUGCUGGACCACAAGCUGCAGAUGAGCUUUCUCGGGCCGCCGCUAGCCGCGCUCCAUUCGAUGACCGAAAUGAAGGUUCAGGGCGGUAGUCCAGUGCAAGCCACGUCCCCACAAACUCAGAUGCACCAGACGGGGCUUCCUGGGAGUGGCGCUGGAGGUGCUCCCAAUCCACACGGAAUCGAUAAUAUUUUGUCAAGGCCGCCGCCGGUGACCAGUGCUCAGCUGAAUGCCUUAGGAGGUGGAAUGCCUCGGUUUACGGCAGCCGUUGCUGCCGCCGCCAACAUGGCACAGUACCUAUCGCAGAGCCAUGGCGGACCCCUGAAAGCACAUUCAGGAGGAUUGGUGGAGCGAACCCAUCUCUAUUGGCCUGGACUGCAAGGGUUGGUCACAAACCCAAUGGCAUGGCGAGAACGUUUCGGUUCAAUGUCGGCCAGUCUAUCACAAUCGCAUCACAACCAGGAUAAGGAUGGCAAAAAGAAACACACCCGACCGACCUUCAGUGGGCAGCAAAUCUUCGCGCUGGAGAAAACCUUCGAGCAGACCAAGUAUCUGGCAGGACCAGAAAGGGCGAAGCUGGCCUACGCACUGGGGAUGACGGAGUCUCAAGUUAAGGUGUGGUUCCAGAAUCGGCGUACCAAAUGGCGUAAGAAACAUGCCGCCGAAAUGGCAACUGCCAAGCGGAAACAUGACGAGCUGGGUGAUGGCGAUGGCGACUGCAGCGAACCGAUGGACUCGGACUCGGAAAGUCUAGACCUGGUCGACACCGGAAGCAGUAGUCGAAAGCGCUGUCGGAUGGAGGACGAAAUGAGGCAUUAG